CUAGAAGAUGAAAUAGCAGCCCUCACGCUGCAAUUGGAAGAAAUCGGAAUUUACUCCGAGGCCGGUAAGGGCAAAUAUGCCGUCGACAACCCUCCAGACAUUGAGCUUGCGUAUGCCAGCUUCCAGGCUGAGCUGCAGAGCUAUCGAGCGUUCCGCUCGGAUCAAGAUCUUGCUCGCAGUAUCGGAGCUGCCGUCUACUCUGAUGGUCCAGUUAUUGUGGAUUUAACUGCACAGGAAGUCCAAUCUCACGAGGAUCGUUUGUUCGCACUA